AUGUUGACAUGGUUAGAUCAACCACCGUGCCACAAAACAGCAGCAGCACUGCAGAGCCCGCCUGUGAUCUCUCAGAAUGGUGACCUACGCUGAUUAUCCACUGGAUUAUUACAAUUACAGUGACAACUUGACAGAUGAAUUCUUUAACAUAAGUUUGUGGGUGGAUUGUGACGCCUCAAAGUUUCGCGGUUCCCACAUCUUCCUUCCCAUUGCGUAUUACCUCAUCUUUUUCACGGGUUUUUUGGGAAACCUCUUCGUGAUCUCAGUCGUGGGCGGCAAAGGCAGGAGAGGCGGGCGACUGGUGGACACGUUCAUUGUCAACCUGGCCCUGGCCGACCUCAUCUUCGUCCUCACUCUGCCGCUGUGGGCCAUCUCCGCCAGCCAGGGCGGCUACUGGAACUUUGGAGAAGUUGCGAACCUACUGUGCAAGCUGAGCAGCUACAUCAUUGCCGUGAACCGCUUCUCCAACAUCUUCUUUCUUACCUGCAUGAGCAUUGACCGCUACCUGGCCGUGGUGAAACUGAUGAAUUCGAAGUACCUGAGGAGCAGUCGGUGCAUUCGCUUCACCUGUGCUGCGAUCUGGUUGAGCUCCCUGGCUCUCGGCAUCCCGUCCUUGCUGUAUCGUAGAUUGGUGAUCAACGACGAUGGAUACAUCUGCGUGGAAAAUAACAACUCCUAUUUUUUCCUUGGCCUGAGCCUGGCCAUGGCUUUACUCACCUUCGUCUUCCCGGUGUUAAUCAUCGUGCUCUGCUACGGCUCCAUCGUCGUGCAUCUCAACAAGCACUGCGUUGCUACGGUGAACCCUCGCGCUGCAGCCCGCCGCAGACACUCCCUCAAGAUGGUCCUCCUCAUCAUAGUGGCCUUUGUGGUGUCUUGGCUUCCCUUCAACCUUUUCAAAGCUAUCAUGAUCGGCUCGCAUCUCUCCAACUCCAGUCAGAGCUGUGAAACUCAGUCAUGGCUGAAUAACGGGCUCCUCGUCUCAUGCUGCCUGGCCUUCCUCAACAGCUGCGUGAAUCCAGCCAUCUACUUCUUCUUCGACCAUCACUUCAGACGACGGGCCCAGAUCCUGUACAAGACCUGCACAGGACAGUCGAAGUUGCUACAGGGUUACCAGUCGUCAACUUCUUUCUCCAACUUUGGCACCUCAGAGAGCUUUGGAACAACUGGUGGGAGAAGUCAGCUUCAGACGUUAGAGUAGGAGUAAGAGGCAGAUUCUUAUCCUGGUAUCAUUGUUCUUCAUUCGUUUAAAAGCUGUGUGGUAACAUGUUAAUGCAAAUUUUGAUAAACGAUAAAACUUUUUUUUUUUCAGUUAGUACAAUAAUGUGAAUUUCUUUUUUCGUACAUUUCCUUUUAUUCUUACUUUCUAUAAAUAUUGUGUAUGCUGUUUAUACUGCUUAAACUGAACCAUAUAGUACAAUAGAGUUGAUAUAAAUGUGAAAAUUCACCAAUAUCUUUUGUUUGUGUGAAAACCCUGUACAGCAGAGCAUUAGCAGAAUAGAAUUUUAAAGAGUAAAUAGUAUAUAUAUAGAGAGAGAAAGACAGAGAGUAUAUAUAAUGUAUAAAUCUAAUGAACAACUGAUGUGUUGCAUUUUUCUUUACUCUGUUUUAUUAUACAUCAAAGACAAGAAUUUAUUUCAUUAUUAUAAAAUGUUUGAUCCAAAUAAUGUUUGAAAUGUACAUAUUGCUGUGUUAAAGAAAGUUGCAUUUCUAAAAUAAAAAUAUAAAAU